UUAAAAAGAAGGUAGAAUGAGCAAAGGGAAACAUGUGAGUGCACUGAAGAGCAUGCAACAGACAACUUAGUGCAACUUUUGAUCACACGCAUCAACCUUUGUGCACCAACAGGAUUUAACUUUUGGGAAAGGAGACAUACGAUUUCUGUAUACCUGACCACUUUUUUUUCUUCUUAUUUUCUUCUUAUUAUUACUAUUAUUAUUAUUAUUAUUAUUAUUAUUAUUAUUAUUAUUAUUACUUAUUAAAAUACAUUAUCAUGUUUUUUCCACUUUAACAACAUCAUAACCAGCACUUGUCUUAAUUUAUUAUUGCAAUUUCUUUGCUAUUAUUUAAUUUGUAGUUUUCAUUCAAAUUAGUUAUUCUAUAACAACUUUCUGGAUGCGCGUGGGGGCUGUCAUACAGCAGUCCUGAUUUCUGAGCUUGGUCCGCUUUUGGUUUAAUCCCUCUGAAAAUGAAGCAUUUGAAAUUUGUGCUCUUGUUGGCCAUCGCGGCCAAUUUUUGGGAAUGUGGUGAUGCGAAAUUCGGCGAGAAAGGAGAAAUAAGUCCAAGGAGGAGGAGAUGUUACGAUGGAAGUCUGCCGAAACGCCUGAAGAAGAAGGAGAGAAACCUGUCACUGGAUGGAAGCGGCGGAGAGGAGGUUUGUCACAGGCUCUAUCCUCGCGUGUCCUGCUGUCCGUCCAGGAGAGCUCCGUAUCAGUUACUCCAUCGGAGAGAUGCUCGGAUCUUCUCAACCAAUAACACAGAGUGUUCUAGACUGCUGGAGGAGAUUAAGUGUGCCCAUUGCUCACCACAUGCCCAGAUGCUCUUCCACUCGCCCAAACUUGAAAAAACACCACACAGAGAACAAGAUCUACCCCGCUUAUGUCACGACUACUGCCAGGAGUUCUACUACACCUGCCGGGGACACAUACCAGAACUGUUCCAAGCCGACGUGGAUGAGUUCUGCCAGUACUAUGGAAGGAUGGACGGAGGCCUGUGCUUUCCAGAUUUUCACAGAAAGCAACUGCGCAGAGAUUCCAACUACCUGUUAGAUGAAAAAAUAGAUGUGAUUAACAGAAAACAUAAACACAACUGCUACUGCACUCAGGAGAUCCUUAGUGGUCUUCGACAGCCUGUUGGCAUGGUGCAUUGUGCGGAUGGAUCACAGCGGCUUUUUAUUUUGGAGAAGGAAGGCUUUGUCCGUAUCCUAACACAUGACAUGAAGCUCUUGAAAGAGCCUUUUCUGAACAUUCAUAAGCUGGUGCAAAGCAGUAGUAAGGGAGGAGAUGAAAGGGGCUUGCUAAGCCUUGCAUUCCACCCCAAUUAUAAGAAAAAUGGAAAGCUCUACGUCUCCUACACAACCAACCAAGAGCGCUGGGCUAUAGGACCACACGACCACAUUCUUCGUGUAGUCGAGUACACUGUGUCCAGGAAAAACCCAAACCAGGUGGACACAAGGACUACUCGGGUUUUAAUGGAAGUAGCUGAGCUCCACCGAAAGCAUUUGGGAGGGCAGCUCCUCUUUGGCCCUGAUGGGCUUCUGCACAUUUUCUUAGGUGAUGGCAUGAUCACUUUGGACGAUAUGGAGGAGAUGGAUGGUCUGAGUGAUUUCACAGGAUCUGUCCUUCGGGUGGAUGUGGACACAGAUUGGUGUAGUACUCCUUACUCUAUACCCAGAAACAACCCCUAUUUCAACAGCACAAAUCAGCCCCCUGAAAUCUUUGCCCACGGACUGCAUGAUCCAGGGAGGUGUGCAGUGGAUAAGCUCCGCAUGGACACCAAUGGGAGUCUGCUGAUCCUGUGCACAGAUACUGUUGGCAAAAAUACGACAACAGGCAGGAUCCUACAGGUCAUCAAAGGGAAAGACUAUGAAAAUGAGCCAUCUAUGUUUGAUUUGGGGUCAAAUGAAGGUGCCGUCCCAGUUGGUGGAUUCAUCUACCGGGGAUGUCAGUCAAGAAGACUUUAUGGAAGUUAUGUAUUUGGAGACAAAAAUGGGAACUUCAGAAUUCUGCAGAGGCUUUCAGAAGACAGGUUGUGGCAAGAGAAGCCUCUUUGUCUUGGUACUGGCAGUUCCUGUAGUUCCUCACUGGUAGGCCACAUCCUGGGGUUUGGCGAAGAUGAAUUAGGUGAGGUCUACAUCCUCGCUUCCAGCAAAAGCACGGCGAUACAGUCGCACAGCGGAAAACUCUACAAGUUGGUGGACCCUAAAAGGCUACAGGUCCCUAAGGAGUGCAGACGGCCAGUAGAGGAUCCAGAGAUGCUAAGCACCACUUGCUCUCGUGAAUGCAAGAAUGGCCACUGUACACCAACUGGCAAGUGCUGCUGCAGUCCUGGCUGGGAGGGCCCCUUUUGCUUACGAGCUAAAUGUGAACCGGCCUGUCGCAACGGCGGGGUCUGCGUGGAACCCAACAAGUGUCUCUGCAAGGAAGGAUUCUCUGGCAGCCAGUGUGAGAAAGGAGAUCGAGGGACACAAGGAGACGGUGAGAAAGACAGCAUCCUGGAGCACAUCAUUAACAUGACGUCUUACCUGCUGGACCUCACCAGUUAUAUUGUAUAAAAAGAAGGGCAGGAUGAUAACGCACUCUUCACUGGUUGGCAGACUAAACGUAAUGGAGGCCUUCAGGACACCAUCCCCAAUCUCCAACUGCCCCUCAUCUGACCCUCCUCUCCCACCACUGUUUCAUGAGCCACAGGCUUUGAUCUCCAUGCUCCCCUACACCCCCUGCACUCCCACCACUUUGCACAAACACACAGAAAACAAUAAUAGGGUGACCAAUGGAACCUCAACAGGCAUAGAUAAAGGGGUUGCAUGUUGGAGGUCCCAUGCAGGGCUCCACGGUUUUUACUGCUGGUAUUGUGUGUAAAUUCUGGUCCACUUUAAAGUCAAGUGUCCCUGCAGGUGGACUCAGAAAAUCACUGGAAAACUCACAUGAGACCAACUCAUGUUCGGUGUAAUCUCAACAUGGGCACCGGUUUGUACUACAGGACUAUUUGGGAUUUUAGGGAGUCAAGAAUUACAGCACUCAUUUAGUUAAGUCAGAUGGACAGUCUACCAAACUGAACUGCACACUGCCAUGGAUUCACAGGUUGUUUGAAGAAUGGAGAGGAAGUAGCUGUCAGUACAGCUGCAAAACCAUACAGUAGACUUAGUCUUAUUCAGCGGGUCUUUGUAUAACUGGAGAAUCAUUAUGAUGGGACUGGAUGCCAGUUAAUAUUCAGAUCUGCUUAAAUGACAUCCAUGAUCAUUGAGGAUCCUGCAGAGUCAAGCUGAAUAUCGACUGAAUCCCAUUGAUGUUUCAUUUCGAUGAAAACAUCAAGUGAAAUGUAAAUCUAUAAGAACGUUUGGACAGUCACUUUGAUUGUUAAUUUAAUACAUUAGUUAAGAGAUGACUGGUUUGUGGAGAAACUACCCUGAAGAGGUAACUGCUCUGGUUAAAGUUGCAGUAUCAGCUAUAUCAUUUUCCUACAGUUGUUCAUGACCAUGCACGCUGCUUUCAUUGCAAAUUGUAUAUCUAUUCAUAUUUUAAAAUGUUCAUAUAUCUUUUGUUUCUGUGUGAUAUCAAGUACAGAAGCUUAUAUAUAAUAUAUAUAUAUAUAUAUAUAUAUGGAAAACCCUAGCAAAUAAUGGUCUUUUCACAGAUUCUAUGACUGUCACAAUGGAAAGCUUCAUGUAAUGUUCUCCAUAUUUUUUAUUGUUUCUAAACACCAAACCAUAUUCCGUUUUGUCAUAUGCAAAAGGGAUCAAGACUGGUGACUGGUGUAAGUGUCAUAUAGUACUGUACUGAGAUAUGUACUACGUAGAUUUGCCAUUGUUUUAAUAGAGGAGGAUUCCUUUAUUUUUUUAAGGAAUAAUAUAUGGGAGAGGAUUGGUUUUGCAUUAAGCCUGUUAAUUCAUUUGAUAUAUUGUACUAAAUACUUACACAGUUCUAUUGACAAGACAACAUCGUUCUCUUACUAUAAGAGAGCUUUGACAGAAAAAAAAAAAUAGAACUUUCCUUCUGACUAUGUAAUGUUUCUGUAAUACAUGGCUCAAGCUAUAAUUUUAGAGGCAGUGUUUUUUUUUUAUAUAUAUCCCUGCUCAUGAACGACUAGAAUAGGAUGUUAAAUAUGGUCUAUGAUCUCAUCAAAACCCCAUAGUAUCCCUCCAAAAACUGAUGGGGCUGAAAGCAAUGGGGCUUUUGGGUUUAGAAAUUUGUAAUCAGAGAGGUCAUAAAUAUUACACAGCUUUCACUGAGCCGGUUUUCUUGUCAUUGAAAGGUUACAGUCCCCUCUGAGAUAGUCAGGUAUAUUUGAUGUUUUUAGUAUAAUCAUUUAUUCCUCCCAAAGACAAGUAUAUCAACAACAAUCCCCACGUGUUUAUGACUUUCCAGUGCAUUUUAGCAUUCUUUGUUACAUUACAUGUAAAGAAUCCAUGCUGUAAAUCUACUCAAUAAUUUUAGCACUUAAUGUGAAACCUGCAUUGGAGCUGCUGGGAGGGUGUCAUGUGAAUAGAGAAACCCUGAUUCUUUUAUUAUUUAAGUAGUUACGCCUUAAAGUUAUUUAAGUUGUCUACAAUGUUUUUUACUGUUUUAUGUGAAGAAAUCAUUUAUUGUAAAUAACUAGGUUUAUCUCGGGUUCUUCUCAGAAAUAUCAAUAUGUUUAUUAAAGUGUAUAGCAUGUUUGAGAACUUAAUGUACGACUCUGCUUUUUUAAAUGAUCUGAUAUGUGAUGUAACUCACCAUGGGUGUUUUUCAUAAAUGUUUUAUUACAUGAA